CUAUAUUUAAGAUAAAAAUUGGGCAGGGGGAGGGGAAAAGCUGGUCAGGACUCAGGAAUCUAGAGAGGAUUACCAAAAUCUGAUUGUUGCAAAAUUUGUAAUAAACAGUAGCCUGGACCUGACUAUUCCGCCGUACAGUUGUAGAUUUUCUCUCUGACUGACUUUGCCAAAAACACAAUCCAAACAAUACUUCACCGCCGUAAUUCUUACUUCGGUUCUUCUUCUUCUUCUCCACCUGAAUUUCCCCGUCUCUGAUCGAACGGACGAGGACAAAGGGAUGGCCAACCACCACCGCCACCACCAACCGGGAAUUCUCAAGGAUCCCUUUUUGCUUAAGUACAACGCCGCCGACCUCCGCAUAGCCUCCACUUUUCUAUCGGAUUGGCUUCCCUUCCUCUCUCGCGGGCUUUGCCGCCGUUGCACCGGGAUUCUGUCCGACCGCAUUGGAUCACUGGAUUCCGGAGAUGCUGAUAAUGCAGAACCCUUGAAACAAGAAGGGGGGGUGUUUGUUCCAACACUUGGUAGUUCAGAAACAAAUGAGUGUGAUGAAAGCCAGCACAACUGCGACUCUCACUCACUUGGAAGUUGGAAGGAUGAAGCUGAUGUGAAUGAUAUUGCCGAUACCAACUCUCUAGGGUCUUGGAAAGAUGGGGAAAAUGGUCCUAUGGAUCAUAUUACUGAGAUCGAAUAUGAGGCCUCGGCCAGUGAAACUUCAAGCUCAUUUCCUGCACCCCUUGAAGUUCCUAGUGUGAAAAUGUCAUGGGCUGAUAUGGCUCAGGAAGAUGAGCUUGACAUGGAGGAGGAGGACAAUGAAGUCACCAGUAGACAGGUGGUUGGUGAGAAUGGUAUUGCUGAGGAGGGUUUAGCUGUUGAGGAAGCUAAACCCAGGACACAACUUCCAAGGGACCAAAGAGAGUACAUCCGGUUCACUAAUGUGCAACGGAAGAAGGAUUUUAUAUGUUUGGAGAAAAUUAAAGGCAAGAUUGUCAAUAUCCUUGAGGGCCUUGAGUUACAUACUGGCAUCUUUAGUGCUGCUGAGCAGAAGCGAAUUGUUGACUAUGUGGAAUCCCUUCAGGAGAUGGGAAGGAAAGGUGAAUUGAAAGGGCGCUCAUUUACCGCACCUCAGAAAUGGAUGAGGGGUAAAGGUCGAGUUACUAUCCAAUUUGGUUGCUGUUACAAUUAUGCUACGGAUAAAAAUGGUAACCCCCCGGGUAUCUUGAAGCGCGAGGUUGUGGAGCCUAUACCUAAUCUUUUUAAGGUCAUGAUUAAAAGGCUGGUCAGAUGGCAUGUCCUUCCACCAUCUUGUGUUCCAGACAGCUGCAUAGUCAAUGUUUAUGAUGUGGGGGAUUGCAUACCACCACAUAUUGACAAUCAUGAUUUUGUCCGCCCGUUCUGUACUGUGUCAUUCCUCAGCGAGUGCGACAUUAUAUUUGGGACAGAACUGAAAGUUGUAGGGCCAGGCGAGUUUUCUGGUUCUUUCGCGAUUCCCUUGCCAGUUGGAUCUGUUCUUGUGCUAAAUGGUAAUGGAGCUGAUGUAGCUAAGCACUCUGUUCCUGCUGUUCCAUCAAAAAGGAUAUCAAUUACAUUCAGGAAGAUGGAUGAAUCAAAAUGGCCGAUUGGUUAUGUUCCUGAACCGGAUUUGCAAGGGCUUCAGCCGCUUCCCUAUGAAGUUGAUAGUUCCAAAAAAAUAGAUUCUCCCAAAUAUAGGGGCCCUGGUCGAAGGCAGUUUAAUAGAAGAGAAGAUAGGGAGCACAACAGUACUGAAAUGAGAGGAUCAACACAUAGAGGGUCAGAGCAGCGCCAUUCAUAUCGUGGCAAACGAGAUGAUAGGGAAGGGAACAUCACUGAAGGGAAAGGAUCACCCAGAGGGUCGGAGCAGCACCAUUCAUAUCGAGGUAAAAGAGAGGAUAAGGAGGGCAACAGCAGUGAAGUGAAAGGAUCAACACCUAGAGGGUCAGAACAGCGCCAUUCAAAUCGAGGUCGAGGGCCUAUGGACAAGUGGAGGGUCAGGUCAUAUUUGGAAAAUUAAGGGGGUUAUCUUAGUCAGUAUGUGGAUUUGUUUGACAUUGCGAGUGAAAGGAAGCCGGCAUUUAUUAUAUUUCUCUUGUUCCAACUUGGGAGUUUUAGCAUUAUGCCGCUUGCAAGGAGAUUGUGAGGCAUCAUGUGGAUGAUUGUUCUGUGUACCUAAAUUAGUGAAAGAAGACUGGGGUUGGUUUUGUAUGGCAGUGGAUCCAGUUUAAGUUUGAUGAUAUGGAAGAUGUGUAGCAGAUUGUAAAGAGAUCAUACCGGGUAAAGAAGUUAUCUGGCUUGGUUUUCAUAAGCCAAUAAACUGUCGUUGAGUAUUGGCAGGGGCGUUUGUAGUUGCAUAUACAAAUACAGUGAAUGUUACAGCUUCAAUACAAGAGGAGCUUUGUAGGUGAUAAUUUGAUUAGGCAAUGGGUGAACAGGUGGAGUCAUGGGGGAAAUGAAGCUCUCCUUGAUUUACAUUUCCCCACCCCCUCUUCAAUUUCAGUCUUAAAGGAUUUUGAUCAAUGUAAGAUUUUUAUUUUUAUUUUUUCGUUUAUUCGUGGUUAUUGUUGUUUGUAUCAACUUAACUAUUCUUUCGACAUAAUUACAGAUUUGUUUUUUUUUUUUCAAUUUUCUUUUUUUGUUUAA